GAUUUCCUGACUUCCCUCUCACUGCGGUUUCCUGUGCUUUUUUAAAUCCCAUUUUUAAUAUCAGAAGGAACUGUCAACCUUUCUUCUGUUUCCCAGGUUGUUCUCCAGUGCUCCGUGAACUGCUAGAGCAGGUAUGCACGCUGUUUCCUCCCUUAUUCCCUCAAAGCUUCUCGGAUGUGGCUGAUUGGGCCCCUGAGAUUUAUUGACAAGCUUUUCAACACCCGUGCGGAUGAGUAAACAUCACAGUCAGCUCUGCAAAUCCCUCUUAACCCCUUUCCCAGAUCAGGGUGAUUUUCUCCUCACUUGUUAAAGACAGAUGCAAAAAAAAAUCGUCUCAACACGUUGCAGUCAGUUGCUUCGGGAACCUGAUGUCAGGAAGACGAACUACCUGUCUCAGCCAGCAGGACUGCUUCAAGCUCCCUUGCUAGCUACACAUACUAUCCUGACUUGAUAGUGAACCAUCAAGUUCCUUCACUGUCGCUAGGUCACGACCCCUGGAAUUCGCUUCCUCACAGCACUGUCUCUCUACCUACACCACCACGGUCUGCAGUGGUUCAAGUAGGCAGCUCCGCAUCCGCUCUUCUCGAAAGCAAUCAAAGAGCAGCAAAUAACACCACAUCACAUGGAUUUUUUUUGUUUUUAAAAAUGCUGCCUUGGGACAGGAAGUUGCUACUGGGCAACCGCUGGAUUUUCCAAUUCUCCAAAGCACUUGGGAAGGCAGGACACCCGGAAAACCACGUCUCCGUUUCGACAUCCUCGCCCUGGGAUACUGCAUUCUUCAGUCUCAAAUGUCUACUGACUCACCGCAGUGUCACAGGGGAUUUCCGCAAGUUGUAAAAGGGAAGGGGAUAAUGGAAUGCAAAACAAAAGGAUAUAUUGAACCUGCGGUUCAGUAGGUUGCAUUUUCACUCGAGUGUUCAGAGGUUCCUGGGUUCAAGCCUCUCCCACUUCAGCACUUUUGAGCGCGUAAUCCGGACUGAGGGGCGACAGCGUUUCUCCUCUCAGGCACUAUGUGAAAGCAGGAGAGGGGAGUCCUCCCCGCAUGCAACUCUCAAUCACAGGUCGUCUGCCGUUUGGUUUGAGAUCAUGCCGUGCACGAAAUAACAGCCCAUAGUAACAUUACGGCACAGGUGACAGAUGGAAGCAGUGAGAAUGCUCCCUUUGGCUGUGAAGUCCCGUUGGGCAGGCGCUACAGAAAUGCACUUGGGGAAGGGAGGACAUUACAAAUGGGGCAAAGUUCGGGGAACCGGGGAGGGGGCCGGCAGAGAGGGAGGCUUGCGAUUGGGCGAUGCGCGGAAUUCGUUCCCUGCUGCGCUGCAACAGUUUCCCUUGAGUUUACAAAAGUUUUCCGAGUUUUGGGAGUAAAAAGGGAUUGAAGAGGAAUCUGAGCGCCUGCAGAAUAUGUCGCGCAUUUAUUUCUGCGGGAAUGUUGAGAGUUUUGGCUGCAGGAAGCAGCACGGUCUUUGAGCUUCUGACAUUGUUGCAUUUUGCCAGACAGAGAGAGAGAGAGUGUAACAUAAGCUUCUUACGUUUCCACAAAGUCCCUCCCUGCCAGAACGUCAGGAAGAAUUUCCUGAUGAGGGAGAGAGGGAGGGAGAGAGAAGAAAAGAGCGAAAGAUCCCAAAUUCCCAGCUGUCUUCUCCACCACUCACCCCACCUCUCUCACUCACUUUGCUGGGGAGUUGGCAGAGUUUUGUAAUUGUUUGCUGUCGCUUGGCCCAAGUUGUUGUCGUAAUUGCCUGGUCUCUUUCCCUACCUCUCUCUCUCCGUGCGUGCUGCUCGAAUGAGGACCAGAGCGGAGCCAAACGGCAGCCAGGAGCCGGGCAGAGGGACUCACAUCCCGGCCAGGACCAAGAGAGGCCUCCUGGGCUGGCUGUUGCUGCUGCCUCCUCAACUGGCCGCCCUGCUGUUCGGCUGCGUGAGGCGUCUCAGAAACUGGCUGCUGCCACCUCCCUGGCCCUGGAGGAGGAAGAGGAAGGAGAGGGAGAGGAGUGUGGAGCCGGAGUUGAAGGUGGAGGUGGAGGAGGUGGAGGAGGUGCUGCUGAAGAAUAAAGCGAGUCGAGAGACUUCCCUGGGGCAACAGAAAGGAGGAGAGAGAGGAGCGAAGGAGGUGGUGAACCCGGCCGCCAGCACCGAGCCCGAGCCCCUGGAGAUCGGCUUCAACCUGGUGCGGCACCUCUUCGACGCGGCGGUGGUCUCCCUGCUGCUGGUGGCCUCUCCGCUGGCCCGGGCCGCGCUCGACGCUCUCGGCCUCCGCGGCCUGCUGCGCCUCUGGCUCCACGGCCUGGCGCUCUUCUUGGCCGCCUCGUACGGCCUGGCGCUGGCCGCCUGGCUGCUGCGGGCCUACCUGGCGCAGCUGUGCCUGCUGUUCGGCGCCGUCCAGCUGCUGGUGCUGGGGGUGAGCCUCCGGCAUCGGGGCCACCGCCUGGAGGACCGUCCCUGGGAGGACCGCCGCUGGGUGGACAAUGGGCUGGAGGACCAUCCCUUGGAGGUCCAUCUGUUGGAGGGCCGCCGCUGGGAGGACAAUGGGCUGGAGGAUCAUCCCUUGGAGGACCACCGCUGGGAGGACAAUGGGCUGGAGGACCAUCUCUUGGAGGACCAUCCCUUGGAGGACCACCGCUGGGAGGACCAUCCCUUGGAGGACCACCGCUGGGAGGACCAUCCCUUGGAGGACCACCGCUGGGAGGACCAUCCCUUGGAGGACAAUGGGUUGGAGGUCCACUGCUUCGACAACCGUCUCGUGCAGUACGUGGAGGCGGUUGGAACAACAACAACAACAGGAAGCCCCUGAUGGUCGACCUCUUACUCCCUCAGAAUCAAAACCAAGGAGGUGGGACCCAUAUCUGUGAGCACCAAGGAAUUAUCAUCAUCGUUACUAAUUUGUUAUUGUUGACUUUUUAAAAGACAACGUGACUCCUUACCAAUUGCGUGCUUUUCUUUUGCACCCCACCCCCCCCCGAAAAAAAAGACAAGAAAGGCUUCACAAACUGAAACGUGGAUGCCAACCUCCCCACCUUCGUGUCUUCGAGGCAGCCAGUUGCCUCUCCGAAAACCUCCUGGCUGGCACCGGUUUCCAUGACGACUGGGUGACUUGCUUUCUUUCACUCCCCCCCCCCCCCCUUCACCCCCGUCUCUCUUUCUCCCCCGUCUCUCUUUCACCCCCUUCCCCUUUUCCCAUUUUUCCAUCCUUGGACAAGGAUUUGGGUGGUGGGUGGGGGGGAGGGGGGUGUUGGAAGCGGGGAGGGGAAAGGAAAGGAAAGGGGGAUGUUAAUGUCAGCGAUGGGUAACUUUUCCACCCCCCCCCCCCCCCCCCCCCAAAUGAUGGACUCAGAUGUUAAGUUGGUGGUAGGGGUGAGUGUUUUGCCGGUUUGCAGAAUCACACCAGUAUUAGGGUGCAGAAGGAGACUGUCCGGGUUCCCCUGGCCUUCCUUUGCACCGGCUCUUUCCAAGGAGCGUCGUGGCUCAGCGCCCAUUUUCUUGCCCUUUAUUCCCCCCAACCCUUCCGUAACCCCUGCAACUUAUGUGUUUAAAAAAUAUCAUCCAACACGUUCUUGAAAGUCUUUGUUAUACUGCCAUUCUAUGCGGGGACGUGUUGGAUUUUGGAGGGGUGGAUGGUGGAGAGGGCACCCGAGUUAGGAUCAGACUUAGCGCUGAGGAAGGACGUGGGAGGAUUGGGUUUUUAAAUUUUACUUGGGACCUCGCGAUCGAUGGUGCGCGAACGUCCAGAUUGUGGAGGAAGUUAGUGACUCUGCUAUGCCUGUGCCACAUUUCAAAGGCCGGCAGCCUGAAUGGAUAUCAAAGAUGUCAGUAGCCCUCCACGCUGUCCUGACUUGAAACAUUGCUUCCAGGACAAAACCCCUGGAAAUCCCUGUGCAAUAGGUCUGUGGGUGUCCCUACACCCCAAAGACUGCAGUAGUUCAAUGUGGCAGUUCACCACUGCCUUCUCUAGAGCAAUAAACGCUGGCUGAGCCAGCAACGCCCACAUCCCACGAACAAAUGUAUUAAAGAUUUCAAAGGAUAUGGGGAUACUGUGGGAAAACGCCAUUGCGGUCGAAAUCAGCAAUAAAUGGCCGAGCAGGCUUGAGUGGCCAAAUGACCUACUCCUGCUUGUAUUGCCUUUGACCCUGUGUACCUUGUUACCCCUCCCCCAUUCCCCCCAGUCCAGCAGAACAUUAGAGUGGGAUUUUAUUUGGGUGUUGGGAUUGGAAACGUUCAGCUAGCACAGGACAGAAAGGUACAAUUUACAAUGUCCUGUAAGAUUGCAAAAAGUGCCAACUGCGCUUUUUCCCCAAUUACCUUUAAAACCUGCAAAUGAAUUCCAGGGUGCACUUUCCAGGGUUGUCACUGGCAUUUGUUUAGCUGUACCAUUCACUGCACUGAGUAUUUUUUGACCUAACCAAUGAGGUUUACUUGGGUCAGGGGGUCUUUUAGACAGGUUUCUCUGUUAUUUCUGUGCACUGUUUUUAGUGGAUUUCCAAAAAUCACAUUACAGUCUGCAUCUGCAAUGCAGGUCUGGGACUGGAAAUGAGAGGUUUCCCCAGGUGGAGAGGGCAUCCGGAAGAAGCAAAUUCAGGAACUACACACCAGCGGUUUGGCUGAAAGGUGAGUGGGGGAGGGUGUGCCCUCAGACCUGACCUGAGCCUCCCCGUUAAACCUCUACACACCUUUUUCACAGAGCACUUGCUAAUGCUCCUGCAAUGUCUUUCCAGAAUAUCCUGUUUUUGUUUCGUCAGGCUGGGGUUGCAGUGGCAUAAUAGUAAUGUCACUGGACUCGUGAUCCGGUAGGUUCAGACUGAUGCUCCGGUGGUUCAGAUCCCACACUGGGCAGCUGCUGGAAUUAUAAUGCAAUUAAUAAAAUCGGAAUAAAAAACUAUAGCCUCA